AUGGUGAACUCACUCUCACGUAAACGGAGAGAAGACUGUUUUAGCGGAACAGAUGAUAAAUUAUUCCCGGCUGAAGGUGCUACGCCUACUUACAAGUGAGGGCAAAGACCUUGAAAGAUACUUGUCAUUGGAUAGAUAUUUCAGCUUACGAGAGUGAAAUUUCCACUAAUUAAGUGAUCUUUCGGCGGCAUUUGUCGAAGUAUUAAGACACCGAAAGAAACUCUGCUCCGGUGAGCCAAAAAGCAGCUGCACUGUGAGUUUUCGAAAAGGGAGAAUACUCAUGACUUCGAGGACAAUGUUGAUUGCUGCUUUGUUCGUGCUUGCAAUUAGUGAAUCCAUUUUAGUCCAGUCUGCCGAGGACACCGUUGUCAUUACCACGAGAUAUGGAUCAGUUCGUGGAGUAAUCCGUCGAUUUCAAGGUAUCAACAAACCCAUCAAAACCGUGAGCAAGUUCCUUGGUAUUCCGUACGCCUCGUCACCGGUCAACGAACUGCGGUUUAAACCUCCAAAGCCAGCGUCCGCUUGGCAACCCUCUACGUACAACGCCUCAUACUAUCGAAGUAUUUGCAUACAGCCUGGUGACUACAACGUACACUUCUGGCCGAAUUUCUCCCAUCCCGAGAGCGAGGACUGUUUGUACCUGAACGUGUAUACACCCCACCAUAACGAAAGUUCUGGGGACUCAAAGAAAUUAUACCCCGUCAUGGUAUACAUUCACGGAGGGGGAUACGAAGUGGGCACUCCCGUUGUAUCCCCCGGAGACAUCGUACCCCUUUGGGGGGUGGUACUCGUCACUAUACAAUAUCGUUUGGGACCGUUUGGUUUCGUUACCACCGGCGACUCUGUGGCCCCUGGGAAUUACGGGAUGUUGGACCAGAUCGAAGCUUUGAAAUGGGUUAAAGAGAACAUUGAAAACUUUGGAGGAGAGCCUUCAAGUGUUACCAUAUUUGGUGAAAGAGCCGGUGGGUCUAGCGUGGGUCUACAUGUCCUGUCCCCUCUUUCGAAGGGCCUCUUUCACCGCGCUAUUGCAAUAAGCGGAGUGGAACUUUCUCCUUACGCAAUCGGCUCCAGCGCAACCGCAGUUGUACAUACAAACGAAUUGGCCAAAAAGCUCGGGUGUGCCACGGACAAAAGCGCUGCUACUAUAACAUGCCUUCGCUCGAAGGAAGCUCAAGAACUCUUGGUACUGGAAAGGGCCAAUAUUUGGAGACCUGUGGUGGACGGCAACUUUCUUCCAGAUACCCCUGAGGAGCUUAGAAAAUCUGGCCGCUUCAACAAAGUCCCACUGAUGGCCGGCUUUACAAGCCAAGAAGGCGCGUAUUUUUUUCCGCGUCACCUCAAAACUGUCGCGCCCACAACUUUCCGCGAGAACCUGUCAUUUGCUUUGAAUUACAUCCUCAAUAAAUACGGACAAACUUGGGUGGCUCCGCAUAAAACUGAGGUUCCUAACUCCUUCAUGGACGCAGUCAUUUUUCAAUACACACCUUGGCCUUACGCAAAGGACAGUUGUAAACUUAAACGCGGUUUUUCCGACGCGAUCACUGAUUCCUGUGUGGCGGAGCCCGCGCAUGCGAGUUUGAGCUACCACAGCACGCAGCAGCCAGCUUUUCUGUACGAGUUUGCGCAUCGCUCCAAGCUCAACCCAGACCCCGAAUGGUUGGGAGUACGCCAUAAGGACGACACACCAUACCAGUUUGGUUUUCCUCUUAUGAACCUCACUGUGUUACAAAAUUACGACGAAGCCGACCGCAAUAUUAGCGACAUGGUUUUAACACUUUUCACGAACUUUGCCAAAUUUGGCAACCCGACACCCGAGCCCGUAUUCGAGGCUUCGUGGCCGCGAUUCAACCAGAGUCACUUGGAUUAUCUCCUGAUUCAAGGAAAACUGGCGCGUGCGAGCAACUAUCGACCAACUCAGAUGGCAUUCUGGCGUGAGUAUUACAAAACAUUGCUUAGUGCCCCAAAAAAAUGCCCUGAAGUUGUCUCCGCGUCAAGUAAAGGAACGCAAUUGAAAGAUAUACGACUGAUAAAUACUAUUUUUCUCGCUUACGUGAUUCUCAUGUUUAGGCUGUUUUGAUCCGCGCUUGGAAAGCAUUUUCAUAAAUUCAAGUUUUAUAAACAGCAUAAUUGCAAAUUGUCUGAAUCUCGAUGAGAGAAGCAAAAUAUCACAGAAUCUAUAAUCCUUUUUCUAAUUGUAGCACAAAUAUUAAAAGUGAUCCUAUCAGUAGAGGCUAAUUGAUGUGUUGCGAGUGAAGUUUCGAAAAUUUCUAGGUUACAGCUCGAGUCGCUUACUGCAUUCCACUACGACAUAAAAUCCUUCUGUUAGCCUGUGUUACGAAUUUACCAAUAUCUAGACUGUCAUUCUUCAAAUCAAAAUGUUUUUAAACUCUGUCAUUAAAACUUGCGACUAGUAUCGACUAGUUAUUACAAUGUAAGUACUUUGUUACAAGAACUAAAUCGGACUUGAAAAUUUGUUCCGUUUCAGGAUCAAUGUCGGUGCCUGAGGAACCGCGCGCUCACCCCUUCCCUAAUCCAACAUUAACCCUUAAUUGUUAUCAGUUGACUGUUAUUUGGCUAGGGGAGGGGUGGAUGCGUAGUUGCCCAGAUACUAUAAUUAGUCCGCUUUUCAUUAUCCAAAUGAGAAAUAAGGACAAUGCGGCCCGAUUUUAUAUUAUAACAUAACCAAAAUAAAGCGCGCGCUCUGAUUGGUCAAUUUAGCGUCCCCCAUUCUUUCGUGCUUAG